CGUCCCGCUGCUGUCUCCACCCUCGGGGCGCGGCGGCUCCUCCCGGCAAGCGGCGGCGCUCGGCCCGGGCGGCAGCUGCCGAGCAGGGGCUGCGCUCCCCUGCCGCUGCAGGCAGAGACUCCCCCCUGCACGGGCUGGGCUUCCCUGAAUGCCUCAGACCAGCUGUGAGGAAACAGCCUUUCAGCCUGUGCAAGUGAGCUGGGGCCUCAGAGGGAUUAACCCGUCUGAUAGUUGACUUUACAAAGACUGAAAGUCCAGGUGCUGUAGGGGGAGUGGAGGACGGUACAGGAAUGGGACUGUGAGUGCAUGGAGAACGUGUUCUGGGGCUGCAGCUCACCCACGCUCUGCUCCAGUGACCCUUUUGCAGGGGACCAUGGAGAGCAGGUGCUGAGAUCGAGUGCUUGGCAGAAGCAGCAGUGGGCUGGUGAAGAUGGAGAAUGGCACAGGAGAUGAGCAGAACCAGACUGGGCUGCCACUAUCAAGCCAGGAGAUCAUUACAGCUGAAUACCAAGUGGUCACCAUCCUCUUGGUCCUCCUCAUCUGCGGGCUGGGCAUCGUGGGCAACGUCAUGGUGGUUUUGGUGGUCCUCAGAACCAAGCACAUGAGAACUCCCACUAACUGCUAUCUGGUGAGUCUGGCCAUGGCAGAUCUCAUGGUGCUUGUGGCUGCAGGACUCCCCAAUAUCACAGAGAGCCUGUACAGAUCCUGGGUGUACGGCUAUGCCGGGUGUCUCUGCAUCACUUAUCUCCAGUACCUGGGAAUCAACGCUUCUUCUUUUUCCAUCGCUGCCUUCACCAUUGAGAGGUACAUAGCCAUCUGCCACCCAAUCAAAGCUCAAUUCCUAUGCACUUUUUCAAGAGCCAAAAAGAUCAUUGUUUUUGUUUGGGCUUUCACCUCCAUGUACUGUAUGCUCUGGUUUUUCUUGCUAGACCUUAAUACAGUAGCCUACAAAGAGACCACUGUGGUGUCCUGUGGCUACAAGGUCUCCAGGAGCUAUUACUCUCCUAUCUACAUGAUGGACUUUGGUAUAUUUUAUGUUGUGCCAAUGGUAUUGGCAACCGUCCUCUAUGGCCUGAUUGCUAGAAUACUGUUCCUGAACCCCAUCCCUUCAGACCCAAAAGAAAACUCUAAGACCUGGAGGAAUGAUGUGGCUCACCAAAGCAAGCCUGUGAAUUCCAAGAUGACUAACAGGAGUUUCAAUAGCACUAUUGCUUCUCGAAGGCAGGUUACCAAGAUGCUGGCUGUGGUUGUGAUCCUAUUUGCAUUCCUAUGGAUGCCCUACCGCACCCUGGUUGUUGUCAAUUCCUUUCUUUCCAGACCCUUCCAAGAAAACUGGUUCCUGCUAUUUUGCAGAAUCUGUAUUUAUUUAAAUAGUGCUAUCAAUCCUGUAAUUUACAAUCUCAUGUCCCAGAAAUUCAGAGCAGCCUUCAGGAAACUGUGCAACUACCAGCAGAAACAGGAGAAGAAACCUGCCAGUUACAGCAUGGCCCUAAAUUAUAAUGUCAUCAAGGAUUCUGAUCAUUUCAGCACUGAGCUAGAAGAUAUUACCAAUACCUACCUGUCCUCUGCAAAACUGUCCAUGGGUGAUACCUGUUUGUCAUCCAAGGCCUGAGGCCCACCUGUUCUGAGUGUGCAGCCAUGCAGGACGUUUGGAUGCUCUGUUCCCACCAGCUGUAUGAAUUGUAAGGACAUUUCUGCUCACAGAAUUGCAGAAGCUACCAUAAAUCUUUUCAUACCUGUCUGUGCCCUACAAGAAAAUGCAGCAUCUUGGGGAGUGAAAAGAGUGUGUUAUUGAGGCUAACUGAAUGAAGUACUUAAUACAACCUAACUUCAGCCAGGUGAGUUGGCUCCAGGAGAAUGCCUAAAUCUUUCUUCCCAUUGCCUGGCUGAAGAGUGGUCUGUGAUCUCAGAAUGAGCAAGGCUUGCCAGGACAUGUCCAUGGACACAGAGUGGGGCAGGGGAUGGUAGGGGCAGUACCUGGGGGACCUUCCAACAGUACCUGGGCAGUACCUGGGGGACCUUCCAACAGCAGCCAAAAUUGCUGCUGAUAGCAGUAAUUACCUGCCAGUGACUCCCUCACCCCACAUCAGUGCAAAUCUCAUUGCAGCCAUCCCAGCACGCUUCAUUAAACAAGUGUCUGAUGGCAAAAAGCACAAAAUCUUUUUUUCCCUUGGUUUAUUUUUAUCUUGAGCAGCGUGGCAUAGGAAGACUAUUCAAUGAAUUUGCAGCAGGGAAGAAACAAAUUAAAAAGUCAGUAAGAAGCAUUUAAAAUAUCUUGUUUUUUUCAGCAAUCAGGUUUAUAGAUGUACCGCUUUAAAUGUAAGUCUCAGCUAUUGCUGAAUCCUGUUGGAAAUUGACUUGUAUUGAAGAGUAUGUAACAGGCUUUUAACACCUCCUUUUAUCUUGGUUCAAUAGCAAUUGUAUCUAAGAGCACUAGAAGGAGUUUAGAGCUUUAAUAUUAAUAAUAUCUAGGAAAAUGAGGAAAAUUCAGAGAAAAAUGACACUUUUUAAAUGUUUAAAUGUUUAAUGUUUUUAAAGUUUGUCUGUUAGAAUACUUUAGGACAUAAAGUGUUGUUAGAGGAAAAGUCAUCAUGGCUUUUUACUUGUCAGCAUAGCCCCCUCCCUGCUCUUCCCACACAGGCCCAUGAUAAGCAGCCUGGGACCAUAGUCUCCCUGAUGUAGCUACAGACAAAAUAUCAUGUCUUGCUUUGGCUCUGCUCUAGACCAGCUCUCAUUCUUGCUAGAAGUUAAUUUUCUCACUUCUGUGCUGCAGAAGCCCAGGAAAGUGCCUGUGUAUUCCUGUGUGUCUUGAACAUUUUGCACAGCUUUGUACAUGACAUUCUAAAACCUGUAAAAAAUCUGAUUCACAGAAUCACAGAAUAGGCUGAUUUGGAAGGCACCCAGAAGGUUCAUCGAGUCCAGCACCCUGCCCUGCCCAGCCCCAUCCCCAAG